GAAGGAUUGUUACAGAUUCGUGCUUUAUCGUGACAUUAAAAGCUGCCAUGUGGCUGGUUUAACAAGCAUGGUUUUUUCAUGGUUGAAGAGGUAUGGAGUUGAGUUUCCUCUAGCCUCUUUCCUACUGUCUUCUAACUGCCAUAAUUAAUGGAGGCAGAUAGACAAAGGAACCUUUCUUGAGAGAUACCAUUAAUGGUCUCCCUUCCCCUAUAAAAUUUAAUGGGGAACUAUUUUCUUAUCCUGUUCAUCAAAUUUGUAUGAAAUUAAUAGUCAUACAAAGAGGAAAAAAUGGAUGCACCACCACAGCAACAGAUUUCAUACUAUGAUCAUGUUAACAAACGCCAUGACGAUAAGGGCUUCCUCUAUGCCUGUUUGUUUGCGCUUUGUUGCUGCUGUUGCUGCCAUGAAGCAUGCGAAUGCUGCGUGGAAAAUACCUGCUGUUGCUGUCCCUGAAUUUCUUGAAGGAAACUGUCAAUUCAGAGAAGCAAUCAUCCCAAUAAAUUUAUCCUUUACUACUUUUAUCUGUUAACCUUCAUAUAGCUUCGUUUGCAUUAUAAUUUUUCUUUCAUCUUUGCAAAUUGUUAAUGAUGAUGUGAUCUUCAAUGCAUGCUCUUUGGUUCCUUGUCAA